AUUGUGAAACGCUACCGAACCGGAAGCAGUGUUGCUGUAUUGGUUAGCGAGGCUAGCAAUGGACCGGUCUGGUGGAGCAUCGUGGAGGCCACCCCGAGCCUGCGAUGACUACUGGAGUGAAUUCAAACACUGCAAAAGCUUGAGGAACCGUUUCCACCACUAUUACGCUUACGGUACUUCCCCAUCCUGCCAGCAGUGGAAAGAGGACUACCAUAACUGCAGAGAGUGGGAGAAACACAGAGGCAUAGAGGCCAAGGAAGCUUUGCAGAAGAGCGAGAGGAACAGAGUCGCAGAGCAGAAAAACUUCACCCCAGUGUGGGAACUAAGGCGAGACCCUCCCAGAGACUGGCACAUGCCCCUGAAUCAGGAAAAGCCCCAGGACUCCUGAACUGUCACUAAUGACCUGCUGUCUUUGUUCCAUGGCGGCGAAAGCAAAGUGAAAUGAAGAUUCAAAAUUCUUGUCACAUAACAGACUUAAUGAAAUCGUUCAGAGCCAUGUGCUGGAGAGACUGGUCAUCACAUAUUGCCACCUCCAGCUCUACUCAGUGAGCCUCUGAAUGGCAACAGUGGUAGCAGCACCUAGUGGUCAAUGAUGGGGAUGACAGCGUGUAUUCAACUAAUGAAUUACAAUAUGAUCUCUGCAAAGGCAGUGUCGGGGUUGUUUUUUUUUGUUUUGUUUUGUUUUUUUGCCCAUUAUAAAUAAUUCUCUAAAGCUUGUGUAAACUGAACCACAAAGGCUGACUUCAGUCUCAUUGUAAAUGAGUUUUAAUAGUAAUUGCCUUGUUUUUCUGUGUACAGUGUAAGAAAAGGGCAGUAAUGGGUCAAAUUAUGCAGUGGAUAUAUUUUUAAAAUUCCAUAUUUCAACCAAGAAACAAAGGAUCUAUCGUGCAUUGUUUAGACAAGUUAUAAAGUAAAAUGUUAAUGCUCCACUAGAAUGUAAUAACACGUAAUAUGCAGCCUUUGUUGGUAUCGAACGGGCGAGUUGGCCUGAGUAAGUCUUUCAGUAUUUCUCAAAAGGACCAUAUGAAUUGUCUUCAACCAAGGUAAAUAUUCUUCUUUUGGAUGCUG